AUGUCUUCCGCAACAUCUGCUGCAAAGUCAGAUUCGUUUGACGAGUUCUACACCGAGGUGAAAGAAAUCGAAAAACGUGAUUCAGUCUUGACUCCCGUACAGCAAAUUGAGAGGUUACUACGCCCUGGUUCCACUUAUUUCAAUCUCAAUCCAUUUGAGGUAUUGCAAGUUGACCCAGACUCUUCAUUGGAUGAGAUAAAAAAGAAAUAUCGUAGAUUGUCUAUACUUGUGCAUCCUGAUAAAAAUAUGGAUGAUCUAGAGAGAGCACAACAAGCCUUUGAACUAGUGAACAGAGCUUGGAAGAUACUAGAGUGUGAUGAGACAAGAAAAAAAUGCUUAGACAUUUGUGAAGAGGCUAAGGAACGAACUGAUCACAUGAUUGAACAGAAAAGGAAAAAGCUUAAAAAAGAAAACCGUUUGGCUGAAAUUAUUCCUGAAGACGAUCCUAUCAAAUACAAACAUGCUGUUUAUGUUAUGACAAUGAAGUUAUUUGCGGAUAUGGAACGCAAACGUCAACACCUGGAAGUAAGGGACAUGGAGGAGAGAAAGAGGAAACGAGAAGCAGAAAUUGAACAGGAAGAACAAAAAUCUUUUGAGAAAGAGUGGGCUAAGAACUUCGAGGAAUCUCGUCAGAAUCGCGUCGACAGUUGGAAAACCUUCCAAUCUGGUGGUGGUAAAGAGAAAAAGAAAAAGAAAAUCCAAGGUUUCAAACCGCCCAAACCCAAACCAGAGAGUAGAUAA